UUUGUCACCGCCGCACGAGAAGACCCGAAUCACGCAGUCCACCCGCCUGCUGGCGGCGGGAAGAGGGAUUUUCCCGUCUCCCUGCUCCGGUGUUCCCGUUUUGGGGUGUGUGUGUGUUUGAGAGAGAGAAGACGACGAUGGCGACAGUGGCGAAGAUUUGUGUGCGAUCGCAGUUGUGUUUCGGGCGGCGUGACAUACGGUCCGCUCUUUGCAGAUCGCGUAGCAGGAAGCGAGAAAAUCCCUGGGGGAAGAACGUGCAAUUCGUGGAAAACCUUCAUAUACGGUGAUAAUUAAUUGUGAAACAAGUGUUGUGAAAAAGAGAAAAUUAAUUAAAGUGGAAAACAACCGUCAAAAGUAUAGCGGUAGCUGUUGUGAAAGACCUCACCGGUGAGGAGGGCGCCGACAAGGGGAGAAAGUGCCUAUUGUUGUGGUGCCGUGCUGCGUGUGUUUUGGUGGAAGAAACAGAAAAAAAACAACGAAUAAUGCAGCUAUGUUGCUGUAGUGAAAUAGUGCAAUGCGGGACGACAGACGAAAUAUGGCGACGGUGAAGUGUGUUGUGAUCGAAAAGGAAUGCAAAUGUGUGAAGCGAAUGGUGGUGAUCGCAUAAGAAGGCAUAAUUUAUGCUCCAAAUAUACAUACAUACAUACAUACACACAGUGUUUCACACAAAAUACACACAGCUAGAGCGUGUUAGGCCGUGUGUGUGAGUGUGUGAGUGUGGAGCCAAGGCUCAAGUUAAUUAUCCCUCGGUAAAGCCAGUGUACCGGCAAUACGGGCUUGUUACCCGGCGGCCAUGGAUCAGCUACAGCGCCGGAUACGGAUGUGGAUAUUUAUCUCAAUUCUAAGCCUAACGCUCAUCGAUGCCGUCAAGGUAUCGUUCUAUGGCGCCAGCCACAUCACAAUCCCGAUGCAGGAGUCAAAGAUGUCCACCAACAUACGGUUACGGUUCCGCACGCGGCAGGACAAUGCGCUGAUGCUCGUAACGGCCGGCCGCACCGACUACGCGCUGCUCACGAUCGAUGGUGGUAAAAUUAGGUUCAGCUUCAAGAUAAAUGACUCUCAGACGGAUCUCUGGUCACCGGGAACGCUAAAGAUCAACGAUCUGCAGUGGCAUGACAUUUCAAUUUCGCGCUACGCCGCCAAUCUGACGCUCCAAAUCGACGAGUACUUUGCGACGAAAACGCUCCCCCCGAAGGUGAUGGAGCUGAACGUACAUAUGGGCGUGACGCUCGGUGGGAAGGGUGACUACAACGAGCCGUACCUGAGCGCACUGCCAAGCUUUCGUGGUUGCAUCGCUGAUGUAUUUUACAACAACAUUAACGUGUUUAAACGCGCACGGGAAGGUACUGGGCAUCCGACCGCCCACGAUGUGUCGUGGAUCUGCUCGCCCGAGUUCGAUGCCGAUCGGGACGUACCGAUCAGCUUCCUGGACGACGACAGCUACAGCGUGCUGCACAAACCGACCUCACGGUCGGGCGAUCGGUGGAGCUUCGAGUUUCGUACGAUCGAACCGUUUGGGACGCUGCUCAGUAACAUUCCACGCUCGACCAAGCACGACUACAUGAUGCUGGAGAUCGUGCAGAGCAAGCUGCGGCUGCUGGUCGGCAAAGGAUCGAACGCCGUCGAGCUGAUACCGGAUCGGAACGUUUCCGAUGGCAAGUGGCAUAACGUUUCGAUUACCUACAGCCCGAUGUUGGUCGAUAUUAUGGUCGACGAGACGAGCAACAGUGCAACGUUCGCGAACGGCAGCAGCCAGGUGAUCGAGCUGGAGGAAGACUUCUACAUCGGUGGUCUCGAUGCGGAGCGGCACCGGAAAGCGUCGCUCAAGCUGAUCCGCGAAACCGAAUCCAGCUUCAAGGGCUGCAUGCGCAACGUCAUCCUGGACGAUGAGGAGGUCGGCUUCCCGCACUUCAAGGUGACGCACCACGUGACGGUGGACUGCGUGUGGAAGUAUCCGUGCAUCGAGAAGCAACCGUGCAUUAUCAGCUCGCAGUGCCAGCACCAGGGCAUCGAGGACUUUAUCUGCUACUGCGACCAGGCGUACUGCAUCAAGGCGGACUACGGGGAGCGCUAUAAGAUCUUUACGCGCUCAAUGUCCCGCGUAGAGCUGGAGCUGCUGGAGAUCAACCCGAUGGAGGUGAUGGAGGGGGGGAUUGCGUUUUUGUCGCGCGAGUUUAUCAACGUGCUGUUCGAUUAUCCGGAGAUGGGCGUUAAGGAGGCUUCGAUUGUGUUUCACAUCGUGCAGCCACCGAAGCAUGGGCGGGUGACGAUCUCUUCCUAUGGCGCGGAAAGCAACAGGACCGUUACGCAGACUAAGUUUUUCUCACAUAUUGAUCUCAGCACGGACAAGGUGAAGUACACGCACAAUGGGGAUGAACAUCCGACCGAUCACAUGACGAUCGAUAUGCAGCUGAUGUCGUUUUCGAGGGAGUCCAAGCUGCCGGACGUCUCUGGGAAGCAUCGAUUUGUACUGCACGUGAAUGUAACGCCGGUGAAUGAUCCUCCAGUGUUGCAGUUGCCACCGAACAGGCAUAUCCGCAUCACGCAAGGUAUCCCCAAGGCGAUCGGUACCGAUGUGUUGAAUGCGGAUGAUCCAGAUAGUGCUCCCGACACGCUCAUCUACACCAUCCUCAUGAGUCCCAACUCAGAAGCUCAACAGGGACGGGUGGAAGUGAACGGGAAGGCAGUGACAACGUUCUCUCAGUCGGACAUUAAUGCGGGCAGUGUGACGUACGUGAUCAACUCGAAAGGAUCGGAAGAUUCACACUUCGAUCUGACGGUGCAGGUGUCGGAUGGGAUGGAAACAAGCCCAGCGAGCUCGGUGCGUGUCUCUGUACUGCCACUGCAGCUGAGAAUGAUCAACAAUACGGGGUUGGUGUUGAUACACAAGUCAGCGGCAACGAUCACUCCGUACAAUCUUUCGUUCGUACCGAAUGCUGAGGAAGAGAAUGUUGAUAUGAAGUUCGAUGUUGUGCAGUCGCCGCUGUACGGAAACUUACAGAAGCUCCGAACGGUGGACUCUUCGUGGGUAAAUGUUGACUCCUUCACCAGCAGCCAGGUAGCGUUGGGGCAGAUACGAUAUCUACACGUCACAGACUUCCCUCAACAUGACGAAUUUAAGUUCACGGUAUCUCUCGGUCCAGUCACGACCCCAACGUAUGAUUUUCGAAUAUCCUUCACCAAACUACGCAUCGGCAUCGUGCGACAAUCGAACAUGCACAUCAACACGAAAGAAAACACGAUCCGGGCGGAUUUUCUCUUCCACCAAACGACUCCAAUCGUAACGCUUUCACGUAACGUCAUCUACACCGUCGUAACGGCACCGAAAUUCGGUGUAAUUUACGUCGAGGGACAUCCCCAAAUGGCUCGCCCGGGGCACUCCUUCACCCAGCACGAGAUCGAUAAGAAUCUUAUCAAAUAUCGUACCUACCGGUCGUCGUACGGUAGCUUCGUCGAUACGUUCGAGUUCGUCGUAUCGGUGCCGGAGUGUGAAGAUGUUCAGGGAAAGAUGGACUUUAUCUACACCCCGCCCGACUAUCUCGCCAAACAGAUCGUGUACCAGAAGCGCGAGAAGCUGUACGUACACGAGGGCAACAAGACGGCACUGUCGCGAACGCACUUUGAGGUGUACUUUAACAAGUUUAACUUUCUUUCGUUUAACCUGACGCAUCACCCAAAGCAUGGCAAGAUCUGUUUGAUAAAUCCACGCACAUUUGAGGCGAAAGAUAUUGGAACGUUCACGCUGCAGGAUCUGUUCCUGGGGGACAUUCACUACUGUCACGAUGAUUCAGAGUCUACGAGGGAUAGCUUUCGGUUGCUGAUCCUUUCGGAUGAUGAGACGGACUUUCAGUAUGUGUGUGAGAUACAGGUGGAGAUCACGCUGCAGAAUGAUAAUGGGCCGUACCGGGUGUUUGAUAAGGUGUUCCAUAUAGUGCGCGAUGAGACGAAGUUGCUCACUGCCGGGGACUUGAAGUACGACGAUCCGGACAUUGAGACGCGAGCAAACGAUAUCGAGUAUCGGGCGGUUGCCUGUACGAACGGGGAGCUGUACAAAAAUGGCAAACCUUCGGAGUUGUUCACGCAAGACGAUCUUGACCAUGGACGGAUGCUGUUCAUGCACAAUGGGACGGAUAAUGGAAAGGUUUCGUUCAUUGUGACGGACGGACUGUACGAAGUACCCGGUUCGUUGGAGAUUGAAGCAUCGGAUCCAUUUCUGCGCGUUCGCGAAUCCAAUGCCUCGAUCGUGCAGGAAGGUCGAGCGGUACUGCUCACGAGCAGUGAUCUUAACAUAGACACUAACUUAAAUGCGAAACCACAAGAUAUCGAAUAUAGGGUAAUGGAUGGACCAAACAAUGGGCUGCUGAAGAUGUUUGUGCCAAAGUUUGAUACAGGGCAGCUGCAUCGGCUUAACAAUGCAUCGACCGCAUACAACUUCUCCCACGCGGACGUACUAGCCGAUAGGAUCGUGUACUGGAACCGGGAUGUGGCAUCCAUGGACAGGAUCAAGUACCGGGUGGGGACGAAAGGUGUGUGGACGGAGGGCGAGGUGAUGAUCCGGAUCUAUCCACCGGCUUACUGGGAGCAGCUACGCAUACGGCGCAACCAGACACUGUUUGUUGAAGAGUCGACCAGUGUGAUCAUAUCACGUGAUGUACUUGAGAUAGUACAUCCAAACAUCUCACCAGGCGAUAUAACGUAUCUGGUAACGACACAGCCCCAACACGGCUAUCUCGAGAUACAAUCGAUCACCUCCGACGACGAGUACAACUCGAAGGUGUUUGAUCAGUCAACGAUCAAUGCAGAGAAGAUGUUCUACAUACAGGCUGGUGUGAAUCAGUCGUCCGAUUACUUUACGUUCGAUGUUACGAAUGGGAUUACGUGGUUGUGUGAUCUGAUGAUGAAGAUUGUCAUCAUUCCGGAGCACUUGUACAUCCAAACCAACGAGAUCGUUGUGGAAGAAGGAAAAACGGUACUACUAGAGCCUGGAGAUAUGGUACCCUACUCAGAGUACUACAUGGGCAAGAUCCUGGAGUACAAAAUACUGGACCAUCCACUGCACGGGAGCAUACGGGCGGGAAAAUCUUCCAAAGUGAAUCGAUUUACUCAGAAACAGCUGGAAGCGGGUAUGAUCACGUACGUGCACAAUGGUAGCGAGAACUCGUCCGAUACGAUCCGGUUAGUGGCGUUGAGCCGGAACAAGGAGAGUGUACCGUUUAUCCUGUCGAUUAAAAUACUGCCCGUGAACGACGAGAUACCGCAGCUGGUCACCAACACCGGGCUGCACAUGUGGAUCGGUGGAAAAUCGAUGAUUGGCAGCAAUGAUCUAAUGGCCCAAGACUACGACACUCCACCGGAAAAUCUGACCUUCUUCGUGCAGCAAAUGUCCGGCGGGUAUGUCGCGUUCAAGGAUAGCUACAACAAGAAGACGCACUCCUUCACGCAGCAGGACAUCAACAGCAACGUGGUGUACUUCAUCCACGAUAGCAGCAACCAGAACGGGAAGGUCGUGUUCUACGUCAGUGACGGUGUCCACAACACCACAGAAAAUGUGCUCCACAUCGUCACUAACCCCGUCGCACUGGAAGCGAUUCGGAAUGAGGUGCUGCACGUGUUCCCGCUUACCCGCAAGCAGAUUCUCCCCGACCAGCUGUACUACAAAUGUUCGGAUGAUGAUCGGGACGUGCGGUACGUUGUGACGGUUCCACCACAGAUGGGCCGAUUACUGUUCGAGCAGGUGGAGUUUGGCUAUUCGAACGAGAUUACCGAGUUCACACAAUACGAUGUGGAGAAUGGACGUAUCUUCUACGAGCAUACGCACCCGAUGGUGGAGCUGAAGACAAACGAUUCCUUCUACUUUGACGUGACAGCACCGCUGUCGAACAGUUUAGUCGAUCAGAUCUUCAACAUUGACGUUUCGGUGUCGUCCGGUGGUCUGUUGCGCUUCCUCCCCGUUCCGAGGAUCACCAUCGAGGAGGGCGAAUCAGCACCAAUCAAGCUGGAUCUUUCCAAGGUACUGGAAUACCUGGAAACGCGCGCCGGCAUCGGUGCCCCCGAGCUCUACAUCGAAGUCCAUCCGCCCGCCCACGGGCUGGUCGAGCUGGAGGACGAAAGCCCGGAGGUGAACCGGUUCUCGCUGAACGAUUUCUACACCAACAAGGUGAUCUACAAGCACGACCACUCGGACACGGUCGAGGACCGGAUCGCGCUGGCCGUGUUUCUCGUGCCGGGUCAUCUGUUCCUCUGCAACAUCACCAUUCCAGUGACGAUCAAUCCCGUCAACGAUCAGCCAUUCCAUCUGCUCACGCCCUCUCCACACAUUUCCGUGAUCGAGGGUGAAAAUGAAACGAUCACCUCGACCCACCUGCUUACGGAGGACGCCGAUACGGAUCCGCGCGACAUCGUGUACGAUGUGAUUAGUGGGCCGAACCUGGGCGUGCUGUUGAAGAUAUCGGACGAGGGUUAUCCGCAGGAUAUCAUCACGUACGGCAAUCAGUUUACGCAGGCGGACAUUAACGAGAACCGCAUCAUCUACACGCAUUCGGGCAAUCCGCAGUCGACGACGUUCUACUUCAAGGUGUCGGAUGGCAAGUUUAAGCCGGCGUACGAAAUAUUUAACAUCAAAAUACUACCGAUCACGAUCCUGCCCGGGUUCAACAGCCAGCCGAUACUGGUGCAGCAGGGUUCGAACCUGGGUGUGCUGGAACCCCGUCACGUGUCCGUUGAGACGAACGUGCAGAAGAACCGAAUCAUGUACAACAUUACGAAGAACCCGCUGGGAGGUAUUAUCAUUGCGAACAAUAAGCCAAUUCUGAAGUUUAGCCAGCGGCAGCUAGAGGACGGCAAGAUCGGGUACAUGCAGACGGACAUGAGCCGGUCGAACGAUACGUUCCAGCUGGAUGCGUUCAUACCGGACACGACCUCGGCGUGCCUGGUGGAGGUUAGCAUGAUCGUGCAGCCGUUCAUCAUCAUCAACCCGAUCACGAUCACGCCGGGCGAUCGGGUACGGCUCAGCUCGACGUUUAUCUUCGACAAUCCGGCCCAGCUGAAGCUGAAUCGCUACAAUCCGAAGAUAACGAUCACGCGACGGCCCAAGUACGGGUGGUUGAAGAAGAUUGUGCGCAGCACGGGGCUGGACUAUGCAGAGCAGCAGAGUGAUAAGGAGAUUAGUUCCUUCACGUACAAGGAGCUGAAGAGUGGCGUGAUCUACUAUUCGGCGCGUAAGUUCAAUCAGGACUUUCAGUCCAUCAAUGACAACUUCGAGUACGUGCUGUCGACCAAGACGGCCCAGCCGGGUCAGGGGACGGUACCGAUCGAGAUCUACUCACCGUCCGGAUCGCACGACAGCGACAAUGACGUCAACAUCGUCACCACGGAGUCUGUAAUCCCGCUGGACUAUCUGAUUGCCGUUUGCAUUGCCGUCGCUGCGAUCGUGUUGAUCCUCAUCACCGUUCUUCUGCUCCGCUGUCGCUCAAAGGCAUCGCACAAGAGCAACGAUCUGGACAAGGACAAUCCACCGUCUCUCCCGCGACCGCCCGACUUUAUGACGCUAAACAAUCGGAUGUACACACCGUCGGAGAAUGAAUCACUGCCCGUGACAAACUCCUCCACUCCGCUACCGAUCAUCAGCAGCAUCCCACACUGCAAGGUCAUACCGAUGGGUGGGCUCGACAACACACUGCAGCUCGACUCCGAAACGGACGAUAUGAUGGAUAUGCACGGCGAGCUGCUGCCCAGCAUCGGUGGCCACGGGUACCGGUACGGGUACGGCGACGAGAACGACGAGUGGAGCUCGUCCUGUGACGUUGGGCCGGACGUUAACUACUCCACGAUCUCGCAGCCGCAGCAGCAUCUGCUGCUGCAGCAACACCAACAGUUGCUACCACCGCAUCAACAGCAGCACAUGCAGCAGCAGCAGCAGCAGCAACAGCAGCAACAAAUCCUUUCAACGCCACAGUUGGCUAAGGCGAAUCCACUACUCCGCCGCAACCAGUAUUGGGUCUAGUGGGAGGAUCCCCUGGCAGAGGAGAGAGAGAG